UCAGCAGGGACCAUUUCAGCGGUAGGACCGACGAUAAAAUACCUUACAGUGAUUGGCUGUAUGAUACACACACGCACACAAUACCAACUAAAAGAUCGGACAUCGGGGUUUCUAUCUGGUAUUAUGUUGAAGCAGCGCUGACCAUUGUGUAGACCAGACACCAUGACAUCUGACAGAGCGAAGGUGGAGCAGAAGGUGUUGGAAUAUGAGAAUUUCAUAAAUGAAGUCCUUAAAAAAGAUCUCCAGAAAGUACUAGAGCAACGUGAUGAAGUCUAUGAGAAGAUAAGUCAAUACCUUCAACUUAAAAACAUUAUCGAGAGAUUACAGGAGUCUGAAAGUGAGGAGCUGAAGAUGCAAGUGGAUCUUGGUUGCAACUUUUAUGUCGAGGCCAAGGUGCCUGAAACGUCUAAAAUCUUUGUUGCUGUUGGUUAUGGAUUCUUUGUAGAACUGACUUUACCAGAGGCCAUCAGAUUUAUUGAAAAGAAGACAAAGCAACUAACAGAGCACAGUGAAAAACUGACAAAAGAUUCUUCAAAAAUCAAAGCCAAUGUACGCAUGGUCCUAGAGGGCCUGCGGGAGCUACAGGGACUUCAUGACUUACCUGAUCAUAAAUAACUGUGAAAGAAAGGAUAAGUACUGCAGAUGCAGCUGCAUCACGAAAUCUGCUAUAUUUUUAAGAAAAAAACUGCUGCUGUCUUCAGCUUGACAAUGCACAUUCAAUCUCCCUACCUGUCAUUGUCAGAUUGGCAUUUAAUGUGCAUAAUGAUUGUAGAAAACACUGCAUUUAAUUGAAAAUUGUAGCCUUGUGGUAAUUUCCAAACAAUAUUCUUUGGAUUGUUAAUGAGUUCAUUGUCUCAAUUCACAGUACACGUAGUGUCUGUGUGGCUGUCGGUCAUAGAGUAAGCAACGUUUAUGCAAAGAAGAUGCUUACGUUUUGUAAUUAAAAGCAAGGAGAUUCAAAAAGG